AUGGCACAAGAAGAAUUAAAAUCAAUUGAUCUUGAAGAUAUAUUUUUUCAUUAUCGUCAUUCAUCUCAACAAUAUAUACUUAAACUCUCAUUAACAAAUCUUUCAAUUGUUACAAAACAAGAUGAAAAUAAAAAUAAAUCAUCAUCAUCUGUAAAUAAUACACAAAUCAUACCAAUUGAUGACAUAUAUGGAUGUUUAUGUAUGAAAUCAAUGAAAAAUUCUAAUCAAUGUUGUUUAACAUUUUAUUUGUAUAUAUUAAAACGAUCACACACACUUAGUGGAAUCGUUUCAAAAAAAUAUGAUUUUCAUCGAAUACAACAUACAUUUAUGUAUGGAAAAUAUAAUGAUUAUGAAACAAAUUAUGCUGAAAUUAUGCGAUGGCAUCGUCAUGUAACAUAUGCAAUUUAUUUACGACGAAAUCUUCCUUUUGAUAUUAUGACAAUAAAACGUGAUAAACGUGCACUUGUUUUUGUUAAUCCAGCUGGUGGUGCAGGUAAAGCUUAUCGUCUUGUUAUGGAACAUGUUGCUGGUAUAUGGAGUGAAGCUGAAUUUAAUUAUCAUAUAGUUAUAACAGAAUAUGCUGGUCAUGCUCGAGAAUAUGUCAAAACAAUAGAAUUAAAUGAAUGGAGUGGAAUUAUUCUUGCUUCUGGUGAUGGGCUUAUUUAUGAAGUUAUCAAUGGUCUUUUCAACAGAAAAGAUUGGCAAGAAGCUUUGACAUUACCUAUUGGACAUUUACCUUGUGGUUCAGGUAAUGCAUUUAUUACAAAUAUUAUUCGUCAUAGCAAACAACCAAUUGAAACAUCAAUGGAAAAAUUUCUUGUUCAAUCUGCUAUACUUAUUGCUACACAUCAAGUGAUUCCUUUUGAUAUGGCUGUUAUUGAUACAUGUGAUGGACAACGAAUUUUUUCGUUUCUUAGUAUUGCAUGGGGUAUUAUGGCUGAUGUUGAUUAUGAAAGUGAAAAAUAUCGUUUUCUCGGUGAAACUCGAUUUACAGUCGAAGCUGUCAAACGAAUUCUUCGACCUCGUAUUUAUAAUGGUUAUAUCGAUUAUCUUCCUUAUGAUGUGACUGAUGAUACCGUUCAAACGAAUCAGAUUACAUCAAAUACAACAACAAAUGGACUUUCUGAACAUCUUUUACCGCUCAAUGAACCUAUAUCAAUUGAUCCAACGACAAGUAAAUGGCGUCGUAUUGAUGGUCCAUUUGCUCAUGUACUUAUUACAUCAAAAGCUGCUUUGUCAAAAGGUUCUAUAUCAACUCCACAAUCAACAUUAACUGAUGGUUAUUUAACAUUACAAUUUAUACGUAUUCAUGGUUCAAUACGUUUAAAUUUAGCUAAAGCGUUUACAAAAUUAUCUGAUGGAAAACAUUUCAAUUAUGAUUUUGUUGAAUGGAUGCCUAUACGUGCAUUUCGAAUAGUACCAUCAGAAACAAAUGGAAAUAUGAUGAUUGAUGGUGAAAAAGUUCCUUAUGGUCCUAUUCAAGGUGAAGUUUUACCAAGUAUUGCUCGAUGUAUGGGUAAACAACCAAGAAAUGAUUAA